CCGAACCAAAUACCCUCUUCCGUCACUUCCACCUUCUCUUUCUCUCCCGCUUUUUUUAUUCAUUCUUCCCUUUCCCAAAUCAGAUCUCUCCACGCCCCUUGUCCGUUUCCCUCGUAAAACUCCUCUUCAUUCCCCAAUUUUACUUCCCCUUUUUCUCACCCCAAACCCUCCAAAACUCCUAAUGAUUCUUGGUUAUCCAAUGUUACAAAAUAACAAAAAAAUCUAUAUUUGUUUCACUCUUCGAGCUUCGAGAAAAAAUUUAUGAAUCAUGCAACAGUACAACUCACAGAAGCAGAAUUUGGAGAGACAGCUACCAUUCACUUCCCCAAAGCCGCCAUUUGGAGGUGACUACCACAGUUUCGAUGCUGAUUUUGAUAAAGGAAAACCUAAUCAAGUUGAUGAUCAAGUUGUUGUUGUAAAGACUCCUCCUCCAUUGAAGCGGAAGAAUGAUGCAGCAGCCUGUACAGUGGAAUCUGUUGAACAGAACCCAAGUCCUAACCUUGCUGGUGUCGUCAAGGGUCCUUUUCGGACACCAGUAUCAGAAAAAGUGGCAAAGGCCCAAAAAGUUCCAAGAACACCAAAGGCUAGUAAAGCUGUAUCUCAAACUCCUGUGGCAAAUAUUGGUUCUCAUUCCGGUAAUAAUCUCACUCCGGUUGGUGCCUCUCGGUAUGAUAGCUCCCUAGGUCUCUUAACAAGAAAGUUUAUUAAUCUGAUCAAACAUGCAGAAGAUGGUAUUCUUGAUCUAAAUAAAGCUGCCGACAGAUUAGAGGUGCAGAAAAGGCGUAUAUAUGACAUAACAAAUGUCCUUGAAGGCAUUGGUCUUAUAGAAAAGAAAAUCAAAAACAGAAUCCAGUGGAAGGGUCUGGAUGUCUCAAGACCAGGACAAGUGGAUGAGAGUCUCCCUAGCUUACAGGAAGAAAUAGCAAACUUAAAUAUGGAGGAGAGCAGAUUGGAUGAAGAAAUAAGAGAAAUGCAAGAGAAAUUGAGAGGCUUCAGUGAAGAUGAAAACAAUCAAAAGUGGCUUUUUGUGACUGAAGAAGACAUCAAGAGUUUACCUUGCUUUCAGAAUGAAACUUUGAUAGCAGUUAAAGCUCCACAUGGCACCACUUUAGAAGUUCCAGAUCCUGAUGAGGCAAUUGAUUAUCCACAGAGGAGAUACAUAAUAGUUCUCCGGAGCACUAUGGGACCUAUAGAUGUUUACCUUGUCAGUCAAUUUGAAGAGAGAUUUGAGGAGAUGAAUGGGGUCGAGGUGCAACCAAGCAACCCCCCAACAUCAACAUUUGAUGAGAAUGCUUCUGUAACACCAGCAACCGAGGAGAUAAGAGUAAACGAAGCUAACCAGAGCCUAGAAGCCCAGAGAAUGUGCUCAGACACAAGUACAUCGCAGGAUUUUGUGAGUGGAAUCUUGAAGAUUGUGCCGGACAUUGAUAACGAUCCCGAUUAUUGGUUAUUAUCGGACGCUGAUAUAAGCAUCACUGACAUGUGGAGAACAGAUCCUGGGGUUAAUUGGGAUAGCUUGAGCACUGUUCACGAAGACUAUGCCUUGCCUAAUGUUAGCAUACCACCGGCCCAAACACCACAGCCUGAACCUACUGAAAUGCCUUCUAUAACUAGCACGACAGGGAAUUCAAGUGGAUUCGGUGGCGAUCCUCAAUAAGUAGCUCAUGAUCGUUGUGAAGGUAAGUGGAUCGUUGUAUAGUAUUUGUUCAGAUAAUUCCUGUAAUAGCAAUAAUCCAGUGAGUAAAUUUCUGUCAGAUUUAAUUGCUGUAUAUGAUCAAAUUUGUUGUAGUAUCUCGUCAUGACAUAUAAAUAGGCUGUUGUAGAGUUUGAAGUUCCCUAUUAUAGUUAUGUUUCUGCAUAUGAGAUCAACUCUUGUAACACUACCUGGUGAACUUUUCUUUCGUACUUAUAUUAGUGUACUAGGGAGGUAGCAUUGUAUGUCAAAUUAAGUUUCAAUUGUAUGAAGACUAAGAUACUAGAUUUUA